CAUUUGGGCAAGUUUCCAUAAACGUGCACGUUUGUUUAUAAUAAAAAGUGCUUGUUUUUAUCAGAAUACUUGAAUUAAUGAUCAUAUAUGUGGAUAUGAAAGUGAAGAGAAGAGGGGGAGUCUGAGUGUUAGUGAAGGACACACCUCUCUGUUUGUAAAACCGCAGCAUGUUACAGCCUGUGGGGAAGGACACAAUCUCCUCUUUAAUGAGCUAACGGAGACUCAAAGCGGGACAGCAGCCGGAUAUUUCCGUCCAACAAAGAUCCGCAACAAAACUCCCCAAUUAGAGGAUCAAAUCAUUUUAGAAUGACAGCUACCACAACGGAGGAAGACAGUGCUGUUAGCAACGACUAUGCCACAGCCAUCGGCACCCUCAUCCUCACCCUGGUUUUCCUCCUGGGCGUCCCCGGUAACCUCUUCAUCGUCUGGAGCAUCCUGGCACGCACCCGUAAACGCUCCAUCACCACCAUCCUCAUCCUCAACCUGGCCUGUGCGGACGGCUUCAUCAUGGCCCUCACCAUCUUCUUCUUAAUCUACCUGGCCAAGCAGACGUGGAUCUUUGGACCCGUUAUGUGCAAAGCCCUCUUCUACUUGUGCAACGCCAACAUGUACGCCUCCAUCUUCCUGAUCACGCUGAUGAGCGUACACAGGAUGGUGGCGGUGUUGUUUCCCCAGAAACUAUACCUGAUAAGCAGAAAAGUUGUGACGAGGGUGAUCAUGGGCAUGUGGGUGCUGGUCACGGUGAUUUCCAUCCCCUCGCUGGUGUUUCGAGAACUGGAAAUUGAGCCGGAUUUUAGCGAGAAUAUUUCGCGGAUUGUGUGUUCACCCAAUCACACCUGGCCCACGCAUGUCCGGUUCCAGUAUUCUUUAGAGACAGUUUCAGGAUUCAUCCUCCCGUAUGCAGUCAUCAUAACCUGCUACGUCCUCACCCUGAGACGCCUGAGGCAGACCCAGUUCCAGCGAAGGAUUCGUAGCGAAAAACUCAUCCUCGCUAUUGUCAUAACAUUUGGCAUAUUUUGGUUUCCAUACCAUGUAAUCAACAUGGUGCAGGUUGCAGCUAAGUGGUAUAACAAGGAGACAAAAACUAGAAAAAUAUUGGACUUGAUUCAUGAGAACUGCCGAGCUGUGACCUCGACUUUGGCUUUUCUCAGCAGCUGUGCCAAUCCCAUCCUUUACACCUUAGCUGGAAAGUCCUACAUCAAGAAAAACGGCUUAGCCUUCAUGGCUAAGCUCUUCGACGGCACGGCAUCAUCGGACCAAACUGCAAAUAAACAGAAUCGCACAGACAGUGCAGGAGAAACGAACAAUGUCUUAUUAAACAACACCACCACUACAUAAUGUACCAGUGGGCUAGAUUAGAGCAUUGAAUGGACCGUGAAUUGUAAAAUGUGCAAAGCUACUCGUGGGAAAAACCAAGUUUCGCAACAGAACUUUUACUUUUUUUAAACCAUCAUAAAUGACUACAGGAUAAACUCUACUGACGAUACACUUUAAUUUCAAUGAUAAAGUUAAUACAUCCUAUAUAAAAGUUCUACAAUGCUUGCUGGGACUACCAAAAUAGUGUGAGGAAAAAUGACAAAAUAAUGCUAUUUAAUGAUAAUUCACGUAUUAGUAGUUUAAAAUGAAAAGUUAGAACUGCAGUAUGUUUCCAGUCCUGAUUGUUUUUGCACAUCUCAGAUUUUCAAGGAAUUAGCUCCAGAGCUAAGCAGCACAUACACCAAAAGCUGCUUCCCUCUUUAACAAUAUUUUGUUAAUUUAUGUAAAGCCGCAACAACUGUCAGCUGAAAGCACUUUACAUAAAAAACAGGGACAGUUCUAAUUAAUCUAGUCACAUUACUUACAGCCAUAGUCAGAAUAUUUUGUCCAAAAAAAAGUCUGGUUUAACCAAAUUGAUGUUUAUCCCCAAAACAAUCUAAUAAAAGUUAGUGGAAAAAAGUAUCUAGUAAAAAAAAAGGUUCUCAAAUUGCACUGGAUCUCACAUUAACUGCAACAAUCUUUAAACAUGGAAGCACUGAGACAACUAAGGCCGUUCGUAACAAUAUUAUUCAACAGAAGUGGGAAUAACUUAAUAUUAUUCCCAUUUAUGUCUCAAGGAUAAAAACUGAAUGUUAUAGUCUGACAAGAGAGGAGAUGGACAAGACAUGUAUAUUAUUCUACUUUCAAAAAGUUUACACUGACAAACUAAUAUUAAAAAAAUAAAAUAAACAGUUUGACCAUUAUGUAAAAAAAAUAAAACUUACAAGCUGGUUUGUGAUUAGCCUUUAAACUGUUUAAAUGGUCUUGUUUGGUAUAAAUUUGCUCUGUACAACCUCACAUGUAAGAUUUCAGUUUAUUUAUUUAAGCAUACUGCAGUGACAAAUUACAUCUUAAAAUUAAAAAUAUAUUUUUUUAAAAACACUUGAUCUCAAUGAUCUCAUGUCUUGGGACUCCCAGGAGUAAAGGCAUAAAAACUUACUGACAUAUUGGAAACCGUUUCCCUGACAACCAUAAGUGGCGCUAAGACGCUCGGCUACCUAGCAUUAGCGCUGUAGCUAAAUAAGCUAAAGCUGGAAACGAACUUCCAUUCUACACUUAAACUAGUACACAGUUAAUAUAUUUACCCACAGAACUAUCUAUAUAAACUUACUGGUCACGACACAUCUUGAAUGAAUAGAACAGUUAACUGAAUAAAUAUGUCCAGUUAGAUUUGAACCAGAUUGUUCCGGCUAAAAUUAGCUAGCAAAAAAUAGCGAAUGAAUGGAUAUAAACUUUAUCAAUCCCAGACAGAAAUUCACAAUGUCUAAUGUUUUUGGAUGUUACCAUUAUUGAACAUUGCAUAAAUAAUAAUGCUUCUUCAUACUUCACAUAUUUAAGGGUGUAAGAAACACAACUAAACCAACAAAGGGUGAGCUGUUAUGGAGUAUUUGGAGCAAUCUAUUUCCAAAUGGAAGUUUACUUUCUGAAACAACCUUUCUUUGAGGCAACAGAGCCAAGUAGUAGUCUGCACUAGUAAUUUGUCCCAGCUCUUGCUUUUUGUUUUAAACAUGAAAAACUACUGCAAUGUUUCUCUUUUCUGCUUGCUAAACAUCCAUUGUAUUCUCAUGUUUGUUCAUAUGCUCCUCUUUGUGAGAUUUUCUUUACGUCAAAGUACAAUCCAACAUCCAGUUU